AUGAGUGUAUUGCUGGAAGCUCAAAUAUUUAGUAAUACUUUUGCUGAUGCUAUGCUGUUUUAUAAACAGCGUGAAAUUGCUAUCCUAAAAAAUGCAGAUGUUACAAUAAGUUUCAUACGUCACAUCAAUGCUCUGUUUGAUGCUUUAAAUCGUAGAUUGCCACAGGAAGGAAUCAGACAUGAUUCAAAUGAUCUCAAGGUUAUUGAAGAAUCUCUAGAAUGGUUAAAUAGAUGGGAAGCAUUCAGAUUACAGAUUAGAAGCACUGAUCAAAAGGGAUUUUUAAGCCACCAGACAGCAGAAAAUCUACGCUUGACGCUGACUAGUAUUUUAGCACUCAUCAAACAAUUGCUUCCAAACUCAUAUUAUAUCCUGACAGCUCACUUUAAUCAGGACACAUUAGAGCGUUUAUUUGGAAUGAUAAGACAAGGAAGUAGAAGCAAUUCUCAUCCCACAACAGUACAGUUCUUAUACCUGUACAGACUGAUGACUGUGUACAGUUUGGUUCGUCCUCCCAAACGAGCAUCGGUUCAAACUGAUCCUGGAUCUAUCCUUAUUACUUUAAAAAAUCUUCUUCAUAGUCAUAAAAAACCAUUUAAAGAAGUUCAAGAACAAUUGGAAGAACAUUUAGAAAAUUUGCUUUUUAUCUAUCAAAUGCAAUUUGCCAAAUCAUUAGAUAAGCUAGAAAAAUUACUUGCUGAUGCUGAAAACAAAGCAAGAGAAAACAGAUUUGAUACGAGGCAACCUAAGUGGAAAAAAGAAUAUAGAAGAGAAUCAUUCAGAGAUGGAAAUCGGAACACGAAAUUUGAUCAGUUUAAAAAAGAUAAAAGUGAUGCGUACGAAAGUUAUAAAAAGCAAUUUAAGAAAACUGAUGAAAGUGUAGAAAGUUAUAAUCGUAAUUUUACGUCAACUAGUGAACCAAAAUUCACUAAAUCUGCACCAAAAUGGAUGAAGAAAGAAUUUCACAAUAAAUAUCAAGUUGAUAGUAAAGGUUGGUUCAUUCCGCGCUAGAAGAAAAGACGGUGAUGAUUCACGCUCCUUAACAAUGCACA